GGAUGAUGAAACCCCGCCAAAUGGAAAGCCAUAGCACCUCACUCAACUCCUGACUUAGGCCCAAACCAAACUCAGAAUCCUCGAUACUUGAGCGAAACCACCAAAACCUCAACUUUAACCACGUUACAUUGCAACAUUUUUCUUUUCUUAACUUUGAUACCCCUGCGCCUCACCGUAUCGCUUCAAUUCAAGGUUCCGUCUGGGCUGGAUCCUACCGCUUCUCUCGUUGUCAAACACUAUCUCAGCCUCCCUCAAUAUCUCCAUACCCAACGACGUGACGGGGCAGCCCGCCUUUACUAUACACCAUGGGGCUGUCCGUCAUUCAAGAGCAGCAUGAUGCUAUCUUGGGGCAGAUCAAGAAGAUCACUAGAGGCGAUUGGAAAUGUCUGAUCGUCGACGAGAACUCCAAAAAGAUCAUUGACAAUGUUGUCAAGGAGGAUGACAUUCUCAAUAACAAUAUCGCCACUAUCGAGCGAAUCGAGAACCGUCGCGAACCGAACCCCGAGAUGGACGCAAUCUAUAUUCUGUCUCCUGAAUCCUUCGCUGUCGAAUGCCUUCUCGCCGAUUUCGAGAUGCGACGUUAUCGCAGCUACUACCUGGUCUGGACUGGCCUCCUCGACCCCUCAUUGCGACGCAAGAUCGACGACUUUCCUGGAGCCCGACAGCUCCGCGCCGGUUUUCAAACGAUGUUCGUCGAUUUCCUGCCUCGAGAAUCGCAUCUCGUUACCCUUCGCGAUCCCUGGAGCUUUCCCAUGCUCUUCCACCCAGCCUGUAACGCCAUCGUUCCAACACACAUGAAGAGUCUAGCGCAAAAGAUUGCCGGUCUUUGCAUUACACUCGGAGAAUACCCCAAAGUUCGUUACUACAAGCCGCAAGGCGCAAGCCACGAGGCAGCCGUCCUCUGCACUCACUUGGCUCGAUUUGUCCAGGAAGAACUCGAUGCGUAUGCGCAAUGGGACACUAGCUUCCCCCCACCCUCACCACGGCCACAAGCGACCCUUGUUAUCACAGACCGAUCGAUGGAUUUAAUGUCACCUUUGGUACACGAGUUCUCCUACCAAGCCAUGGCACACGACCUCCUGCCGAUCAAGGACGGCGACAAGGUCACUUAUCGUACGACCAUCAACGAGGGAACUCCGGAAGCUGAAGAGAAGGAUAUGGAGCUCACAGACAAAGACAAGAUAUGGGUGGACAAUCGACACAGACACAUGAAGGACACGAUUGAUAAACUUAUGGGCGAUUUCCAAAAGUUCCUCCAACAAAACCCACACUUUACUAACGAGAAUACCGACACGACCAACCUCAAUACGAUUAGAGAUAUGUUGGCAGGCUUGCCGCAGUUCCAAGAGAUGAAGGAGGCAUACUCGCUGCAUUUGACCAUGGCGCAAGAAUGCAUGAACAUUUUUCAGAAGCACAAGUUGAUGGAUAUCGCCUCUAUAGAGCAAACACUCGCCUCUGGACUGGAUGAGGACUUUAAGAGACCGAAGAACAUUCUCGAAAUGAUUGUACCUCUGUUAGACGAUGAGGCUGUAUCACCUUCAGACAGGUUGCGCCUCAUCAUAUUAUUCAUUCUCUACCGAGAUGGUGUCAUAGAUGAAGACAUCAAACGACUCUUGGCCCACGCAGCCCUCCCUCAGUCUGACCGCGAGGUUGUGCUGAACUUUGAACAGCUCGGUGGACAUAUGACACAUGCGCUCAAAGAUGUGCGCCAGCUUCCUGCGCCUCUAUUCCCAAUCGAUCCAAAAUCGACACAGUUGAACGAGGAAUAUGGAUUAACACGGUUCGAGCCAGCAGUGAAACACAUGGUGGACCAUUUGGCAAGGGGCAUGUUAGAUCAGACUCACUUCCCAUACGUGAAGCCACCACUGGACCCCAAUGAGGAGCUUCAUUUAGCACAGGGAGGUUCUCUUCGUGCCGGUCGGCCAAAUUGGGCAGCAGCUGGACGCCGUCCACCAGAGAAUCGACAGCGAUUAAUUGUUUUCAUGGCAGGAGGUGCUACAUACAGCGAGAGCCGAUCAUGCUAUGAAGUCGGAGAAGCGCGCAGUCGAGAUAUCAUUCUGGUAACUUCUCAUAUGAUCACUCCUCAAUUAUUCAUUCGCCAAGUGAGCGAUCUGAGUCGCGACAAGCGUCAACUUGACUUGCCCCUGGAGCGACCUAAACGACACGCUCCACGUCAUCUCUUCGAGCGUCCAGCUCCUCCUCGCCCAGCACCAUCACAACAACCCUCACAGCAAGGACUGCCGCCUGGCCCUACGAACCGACCAGGCGGUCUUCCUUCAAGACCCAGCCCUGGAAUGGCACCGCCAACGGCCGCAAUGUCCAACAUGUCUAUUAAUAACAGCCACGGUAACAACGCGGCACCACGGCCAACAUCGCACCACAGUGUUCAACAACACCACGAAGAACCAGCUAAGCUCCACAAGGAAAAGAAGAAGCGGAACUUCCUUGGUAUCAAGAAGUAGGGUUCUUGGAACGGGGGCCUCUCUGCAGCUUCUGCACCGAAACCGAGGGCCAUUCGACGAUCUCAGACUACAGAAACGUCAACUUCGUCCGAAGAUCACAAUAUGAAUGUGCUGCGUGAGCCAGAAAGGAGUGCUUCGAGCAGAAGUCGGUUGGAUGGUCCUUCGGCUUAAUGUGGCUUCUCAGUAAAGCAUAUGGUGUACUUUUUGGUUUCGUAAUUCGUCGACGGAGCGUGGCGUUGUUCUACCGUCUUUUGCGUAUUGAUUGCUAUCUAUGUUGAAAGCAUUACAUAACUUGGCAAAUCGAAUGGUUAGGGAACGUUCAUCUUUAUAUAUCAGU